AUGGAGCAACCGGAGCCUCAAACUCAUACUCCGCCCGACCGUUCCUCCUCCGGUCUAUCGUUGUCGUCGGGACUGUCGAUGACCGGACCGGGACCACAGGAUGCGACUAAGCGAAGGCUAUUGUUGAUAUAUAUCCAUGGAUUCGGUGGCUCCGAAACCACCUUUUCUGACAUGCCUGUGCACGUCCAUAGUGCGUUGGCCGCCUUAUUGAGUGAAUCGCAUGUGGUGUACACUCGUAUAUACCCUCGGUAUAAGUCAAAGGGCGAGUUCCAAUUGGCGGUGGACAGGUUCAGCGGAUGGUUGGCGCCAUAUGAGUCCGAUGAUCUAGAUGUUAUCCUACUCGGACAUAGUAUGGGCGGGAUCAUAGCUGCUGAUAUUGCGCUUCUGCACAAAAAGAAAAGCGAAGAGCCCAUGCAUCGAAUUUUGGGAAUCAUAAGCUACGAUACUCCUUAUCUGGGGCUGCAUCCUCACGUGGUCUCGACCGGACUUGGGAACCUGUUUUCAAAGACUGAUCUGGUCCCAGAGGCACAGGAGUCUCCAAAUGCCGCGGACUUUGAGCAGGUCUACGAGGAUCCUACUUUCAAUCCACCCGAUCCGCCUCCUAAUUACAAUCCUCAAUGGCAAGACUCUGACAACAGCUUUAUGAAGAGCGCGAAGCAGUUUAUUCAAAAGAAGAGGGAACAGAAAAGGGCUCAUGAUGAAAAGGGCUUGUUAUCAAUUAAGCGUCUCAUGGCACCCAUGACAUUUGCAGGUGGUGUGAACAACUACGCUAAUCUACGUCGACGGUAUCAACGCCUCCGUGACUUGGAAAGUGCAGAAGACAAUGCCGGGAGAGUACGCUUUAUCAAUUAUUACACCUCAAGUACUCCUCGUCAGAAAGUCAAAGGUACUUACUUGUUCUCUCCCUCUCCUCCUUACCUCCAAAAAUAG